AUGAAGUUUGGGAAGGAGUUCAAGAAACAAAUGGUGCCCGAGUGGUCAGAAGCCUACAUGGAUUAUAAUGGCCUCAAGAGGAUAUUGCGAGAGCUAAGAGAGUACAAGCAAAGUAAGCAGCACCCUGCUGUGACAUCUUUUAGAGACUUUGAGCAGAAACUGCUUCCUGACGGAACAUUGAAUGGAGGAGAGGAAGGAGGAGAAAUUGAGGUGACAUUCUUUAGAAAACUUGACGAAGAGCUCAACAAGGUCAAUACAUUUUACAAGGAAAAAUUGGAGGAGGUGAAGCAGGAAGCAAGUCAGUUGAAUAAACAAAUGGACGCUUUGGUUGCACUGAGGAUUAAGAUGAAGAUUCCGCAUCAACAUGGCUCAAGUUCAGGGAGGCGUGACAAUGUUGAUUCUCCAAUGCCUCUUACAAGGAACACAAAUGCACCUGAUACUUCAGGAUCAGGAUCAGCAAGAACCAUGCCCCCCUCAGUUGCUGAUCCACCACAUGCUAACAUUUCUAGAAGUGAUAGCAGAGAGGUGUUGCAUACCUAUGACUAUAGCCAAGAUCCUCUGGAAAUUCUUGAGGGUGUGAGAAUUAAUAAUACACUAGAAUCUUCAAUAUCAACCAUCAAAGGUAUUUUUAAGGACUCAAAAGAAGAGCAGUUGAGCUUUGAUAAAGAGGAGCUGAGGAGAGCGGAAGAACGACCAAGGAUGGCAUUUAUUGAAUUUUACCAUAAGCUUCAACUUCUAAAGCACUACAGUUUUAUGAACCUCUCUGCAUUUUCCAAGAUUAUGAAGAAGUACGAAAAGUCCUCAUCAAGGAGAGCAUCCAGGUCAUACAUGCAAAUAGUAGACAACUCUGAUCUUGGAAAUUCUGAUGAGGUUACUAACCUCAUGGAGAGGGUGGAGGCUACCUUCAUCAAGAAUUUUUCACACUCAAAUUGUAGAAAAGGUAUGAAGUUACUGAGGCCAAAAGCAAAACGAGAGAAGCACAAAGUAUCGUUUUUAUCGGGUUUCUUUUCUGGCUGCUCAAUUGCUCUACUGGUUGCUAUUGUAUUAAGAAUACAAGCUCGAAAAAUAAUGAAUAAGAAGGAGGGCACACAGUAUAUGGAAAACAUUUUCCCACUUUACAGUUUAUUUGGAUACAUUGUCCUACAUUUGCUCAUGUAUGCUGGCGAUAUAUACUUCUGGAGGCGUUAUCGGAUAAACUAUCCAUUUAUAUUUGGUUUCGAGAAAGGAACUGAGUUGAGUUACCGAGAAGUUUUCCUUCUCAGCACUGGUCUUGCAGUACUUGCAUUGGCGUUCCUAGCAAACUUACACUUGGAAAUGGACUCGAGUGGUAAACAUUACAAGACAGUCAAUCAGAUGAUUCCUUUGGGCUUACUUAUUUUGAUCCUUGUCGUCACCUUCUGCCCUUUCGACAUCCUAUACCGUUCAAGUCGUUUCUUCUUCACUCGGACCUUAUUCCGCUGCAUAUGCGCCCCUCUUUACCCGGAGACAUUCUCAGACUUUUCCUUGGCAGACCAGCUUACUAGCCAGAUGCAAGCCUUGAGGAGUUUUGUGUUAUACAUCUGCUACUAUGGUUUGGGAGAAUAUUCAAGGAGGCAAAGCAAGUGCCAUGAGCACGGCGUCUACAAUACUUUGUAUAUUGUUAUUGCUGUCAAUGUCAUACCAUUUUGGAUGCGCUUCCUGCAGUGCAUUCGUCGACUGUGUGAAGAAAAGGAUUUGAAGCACUUGUGCAAUGGUUUAAAGUACUUUUCGACGAUUGUUGCAGUUAUCGUAAGAACUGUUUAUGAGCUGAAAAAAGGAAAGACAUCCUGGAUGGUGUUAGCUUUGAUCAGUUCUGCUGUUGCAACAAUGAUGAAUACAUAUUGGGACAUUGUAGUAGACUGGGGACUUCUACAAAAGCGAUCAAAGAACAAAUUUUUGAGAGAUAGACUUCAAGUUUCACAGAAGAGCGUGUAUUUUGCAGCUAUAGUCUUGAAUGUAAUACUCAGACUUGCUUGGAUGCAGUUGGUGUUGGAAUUUAGAUUGCCAUCCCUUCAUAAAAUGACAGUAACAACCAUCUAUGCCUGCCUAGAGAUCAUUCGUCGUGACAUGUGGAGCUUCUUCAGGUUAGAGAAUGAGCACCUAAACAAUGUAGGUCAGUACCGUGAGUUCAAGUCGGUCCCUCUUCCUUUCAGUUACAAUGGCGAGGAGGAUGAUUGAACAUUAACCAAUUUAGCUCCUUCAAACCAUGAAAGUUGAGCUUCCACAAUUCUGUGCCGCAAGCCUUUGGGAACAUGUGGUAAAUUCUUGUCCAUCCCCGAUCAGCAUUGACAGCAUAGGCUCAUAUGAAAAUUGCCUAGCUUGGUCUUUAUUGAUCAUGAACAAC